UUUGUCAUUAUUAACUUCAGGAUGGCCUUGUUAAAGCUGAUAUGGAGAAACUGACAUUCUAUGCGGUGUCUGCACCGGAGAAGCUCGAUCGAAUAGGCGCCUAUCUGGCAGAGAGGCUGAGCAGAGAUGUCGUCAGGCACCGUUCUGGGUAUGUUCUAAUUGCUAUGGAGGCGUUGGACCAGCUUCUUAUGGCCUGCCAUUCUCAAAGCAUCAAGCCAUUUGUAGAAAGCUUCCUUCAUAUGGUAGCAAAGCUCCUGGAAUCAGGGGAACCAAAGCUUCAAGUUCUUGGAACAAAUUCUGUAAGCAGAGCUGUUAUUUUCUUACUAAGUUCAACCAGCAUAUUAGAAUUAAUCUCUUCUUAGAAUGAUUCUGUCUGA